UACAACAUUUGUAAUGGGAGUCGCGUUGCCAGUGGAGAUAAACACAGAUUUUCGUGCUGUUCAUUCCAUUAAAAUAUGAUUUCUCUGGCCAUUCCUGAGCUGGGAACAUGGGAAGGAAAGAUAUUUAUGGGGAUUUUGGGCUUCACCUGGGCCACGUAUAUGUGGGAAGAAUAUCUGGCCUACAGGCAGCGUCGAGUAUACAGAGAGAAAGUGGAGCCACCAGAAGAGUUGAAGGGUAUAAUGGAGCGGGUUACAUAUGAUAAGGCUCGAGCAUAUGGCCUUGACAAGAGUAACUUCAGCCUAAUUGAGGGAGCCUUCAGUCAGGUUUUGAGCACAGGUGUUAUGGUAUGUGGUGGUUUUCCUGCAUUAUGGGCUGCAUCAGGAAGGUUAUCAGCAUGGUUGGGCUUCACCACUGGUACAGAGAUACCUCAGACUGUAACAUUUGUGUGUUUAGGAUCACUCCUAAACACCAUUGUCAGCCUUCCUUGGUCAGCAUAUUUUACAUUCAAGGUCGAGCAGAAACAUGGCUUCAACAAACAGACUCCAUGGUUCUUCAUAAAGGACAAGCUGAAAAAAUUUGUUGUGUCACAGAUCAUUUGUGCACCAGUUGUAUCAGGCUUGGUCUACAUCAUAAGGGCUGGUGGAGACUACUUUUUUCUGUACCUAUGGGGUUUUACAAUGGUGGUUGUGAUGUUCUUCAUGACAGUCUAUCCAGAUUACAUAGCACCACUUUUUGACAAGUAUGAACCCCUUCCAGAGGGUGACCUCAGAACCAAAAUAGAAGCAUUAGCAGCACAGAUAGAAUUUCCUCUAACUAAGCUUUAUGUUGUUGAAGGUUCAAAAAGAUCAGCUCACAGCAAUGCCUAUUUUUAUGGUUUCUUUAAGAAUAAGCGCAUUGUUUUGUAUGACACAUUGCUCGAGGAAUACACUCCACUUAAUGAAAAAGAGGAAGAAAAUGAAGAGACCAAGGUAUCAAAUAAGCAAGAAAAUGGAGGUAAGAAGACUGGAUGCAAUACAAGUGAAGUGUUGGCUGUUUUGGGCCAUGAGCUUGGUCACUGGAAGCUGAAUCAUGUUUUAAAAGGCAUCAUUAUCUCUCAGGUGAAUCUAUUUCUGGUCUUCUCCGUGUUUGGUUCUCUGUACAAGUAUUCUCCACUUUACCGAACUUUUGGAUUCUACCAAACUCAGCCUGCCUUUGUUGGGCUCAUUAUUGUCAUGCAGUUUGUUUUUGCUCCCUAUAAUGAGAUUUUGCAGUUCCUUUUGACGAUGUUUAGCCGCUACAAUGAGUUUCAAGCAGAUAGUUUUGCCAAGAAAUUAGGCCACUCAGUGAAUCUGAAAUCUGCUUUGAUAAAGCUUAAUGAAGACAAUUUAGGAUUUCCAGUGUAUGACCCACUGUACUCUGCUUGGCAUCACUCACAUCCACCAAUACUAGAGAGAAUAAGGGCCUUAGAAGAGAAGGAAAAGGAAGAUUAAUUAGAAGAAUGUCUUAGGUUGCCAGUUUAUUGGUAUUGUGACCUAAUACAAUAUUCCUUACAAAAAAGCAAGGAAAAUGUGGUAUGGGCACAUUAUUCAGGAGCCUGACUAAUGAAGUGUGUACGUGUGAUGUGUUCGUGACUCGUGCUGCAGCCAAGUUACUCUUGUGGAAUUUUCUACUAGUGUUGUGAUUUGUAUAUUUUGGAGUUAAAAUGUUAUCUUCAGUUCCACAAGUAAGUUUGUUGUAUAUUGUAUAAAAGUUAUCACAGUAUACUGUAUAGGUCGAAUAUUAAGUAAAUUUUAGAAUGCUCCUUCAAAUCAAUUUAGCAGAAAAACGUGACACUGAGGAGUGAAUUCAGGUAAUUUCAUUAUGUGUACAACAUUCUAAAUCCCUGGGAGUGUAUAUUUAACUGACAGCUAGGGAACAUUUAUUAUUUUGCUACUAUCCUAGCUUAAGGUUGAUUUGAUAAAUAUUUGUUCAGUCAUUGCAUACUUUAUUUUUUUAGAAUAAAAGAAGUGGGAAAAAAAAUCCUUCCUUCGUAAGCCAUGGAUGUCAUAAGAGGCAACUAAAAUGACAGGAGCAAGAGGCUAGUAACCCCUACUCCUGUGUAUAUUGCUAAAUGUAAAAAGAAAAAAAUUUUCUUAUUUUUUUGGGCCACCCUGCCUUGGUGGGAGACAGCCAGUGUGUUAAAAAAAACUUUGAAUAUUAUAGUUUUGUAUGGGUGCUUUAUACAUCUUUUACAGAUGCAACACAAUAUACAAGUCUUUUGGUUGUUUUAAAUUUUGUAAGAUUAUUUUUGUUUUGAAACCUGCGUUAUGCUUCAUCCAGGACUCGACUUUAAUCGAAUACUGUAUUUUCCGGGCUGUAAGACUUGCAAGCAUACAAGGUACACCUCAGUUUUGGCAGGCAUUUUCUGGGGGAAAAAUUGCAGUGCUUGCUUGGCCUAGUAAGUUGGUAAGCAAUCAUGACUAACACUAGGUCCCAUCAGUACUGGAGUAAACAAAUAUGGUGGCACAAACUGUGAUGCUGUCAAGAUCAGAUUUUUAGUUAAAACAUUUUGGUACAAGCCAUGCAUGUUGUAAGAGAGAGACUUUCAUUUUUUUUUAGGUCACCCUGCCUCUGUGGGAUAUGGUUAGUGCGAUCAAAAAACAUUAGGACAAACAUACUAUAACUUAAGGAGUUUUUAUUAAAUUCACAAAACUUGAGGAAAUAGGGAAAAAAUAUUUUUGUCUUAAAAUGAAGCUAUUUUUAUUGUUUAAAGGUGAGGAUAUUGAAGUAUCACAACAGUAAAUCAAUAAUCAUAUUUGUCCUAAAACAUAUAGAUAUUGUGUUGUAUGCUACUUCAUGCCCCUCUCAUUGAAACAAAUAUUCCACUGUAAGUAACCCCUUCUCCUGUAUAUAUUACUAAAGUUAAAAAGAAAAACUUUCAUUUUUCUUUUUGGGCCACCCUGCUUCGGUGGGAUACGACCGGUUUGUUGAUAGGAAAAGAAGAAAAGUUAAAUGGUUUUAUGGACUGAAUUGGUCUUACUCCAACAAGCUCCUGCUUGUGUAGCCUGUUUGUUGUCCGCUUCACCACCACCAACCACCAAAGCAAACAUGACUACUUUUUUUUUUUUUUUUUUAACACGUCGGCCGUUUAUAAUAGUUACUAAUCACUCUAGAGUAAUCUGGGAAAGUUUUGUAAAAGGGUUGUUUGAAGUUCAGUUUACCAGUACUGCAACACUGAAACCACCAUUUGCCAGUAAUGCAAAGCCUACCCUUGUUUCUGACCUUGAGCAUGUAAGGCAAGGGGUAAUUUUCUAAGACAUUUUUUUUUUUUUUGGGGGGGGGGGGGGGCUUUAUGUGCCAGCAAAUGCUGUCCUAUACUUGAUAAAAUCGAUAAAAUCCAGUCCUGGAUGAAAUGUUGUGAUAAAAAGUACACUGCAACUGUAGUGUCUUUCUCACUACAUGUCACCUUAUGAUAUUGUUCAGUUAUUUUUCUAUGUAGAAUAAAAAAUAUGCUUGAAAAGGGUUCUUAAAAAUGAUUGGUAUGUUAAAAUUCUUAGUGCUGAAAUUUAAAAACUUGUAAAACGGUGAAAUUUAUUUUACAAAUUACCUUUCAUUUUCAAGUUAAAUUAAUUUUAGGUGAAGAUACUGUGCUUUUUUUUUUUUUGUAGAUUAUAACAAUUGGCUGUUUUAACAUAUGCAGUGCAAUUAGAAUUUGAGUAAAACCAGUUAAGCUGGACAUAUUUCAACUAAUUUAGAAAUGUCCAAGAACAGUGUCAUGCUCCCUCACUGAAGAUUUGAAAUUCCCACCUUGUGUAGUAACUCCCCUCAUCACCCAAAUUAUCCUCAUAACGUGCAUAAAGCAAGAUUCACAAAUGAAGAUAGUUGUUCUGUAACAUUCUCCUUCAUCAAGCAUUUUAUCAGAGCUUUUUCCUGGAUACUGUUAUAUGCAUAUACGUAGCAUAUUAUAAUCAGAUUUCCCCAUUUUUGUUUGGUUACUAUUAAAAUUUGGUAAUUUAUGUUAACCUGACAUAAUGUACAUAUUUUUAUUAUUAUUAUUAUUAUUAUUUUUAACACGCCGGCUCUCUCCCUUCGAGGCAGGGUGAUCUAAAGAGAAAGAAACACUUUCACCAUUAUUCACAUAUAAUCACUGUCUUUGCAAUGAUUGCGUGAAUGAUGGUGAAAAUGUUUCUUUUUUGGGUCAUCCUGCCUCGGUGGGAAACGGCUGGCAUGUUAAAGAAAAAAAAAAACAGUGUUCUCAAAAAUGCACCAGAAAAAAUACAUAGACUAGUCAGUUAUGACAGUUUUAGACCAACAGCAUUUACUAAAUGAUGAUACUUCAUUUUGUAUCUUUCAUUUGUUUAAAAGUGCACUUUUUUCCUUGGAAGAUAGGUAGUACUGAACUAUAUGAUCAUAUUGUAGUUUAGACAUAAUCUUUUCUACAACCAUAGUGUUAUGAAUAUGCAAAGUUCAGUAUUGUACACAUCUAUGUCAUUAAAAGGCAAUUUCCAGUAAAAUGUGAUAGUGCUGA